CUGGGGGUUUACAGCAACUGACGGUACGAGAGUGCUGCGAAUACACCCGGCGGAAUGCCUCUUUAGUUUUAUUUGUUCUUCUAACAACAAUAUCAGCAGAAUCAGUUCUAUGGUCAGGAUGCUGCAGAGACACCUGGGGGCCCCCCUUGCUAAAGGCGUACGAGAUGGGGGGCCCCCCGGGGGCCCCCUGCUAACUUGGUAUUCAUUUCCUACAUUGGAGGCCCUUGCUGAGGCUUCAGUAGAAGAGCUCAAGCAGCUGGGUUUAGGGUACCGGGCUAAGUUUGUGAAGGAGACUGCGCAGCGAUUGAAUGAGUUAGGCGGUCUGCACUUCUUAGAGUCGCUCGCUUGGCCCCACACAACACCAGAGGGGCCCCCCUAUGCCGCGCUCCACGCUGCUACGCAGACACUCAUGCAGUUUCCGGGUGUGGGGCGGAAGGUGGCUGAGUGCGUAGCGCUGUACGGGUUGGGGCAUCAAAGCAGCUGGCCUGUCGAUAGACAUUUGCUGCAGCACGGAGCAGCAGAUAAAGAGCUGCGCUUAUACCUCAAACAGCAGUACCAAAGCAGCAGAAGCAGCAGCAGCAGCAGCAAAUGCAGCAGCACGAGCAGCAACAGCGAGUGCAGCAGCAGCUCCCCUUCUUCUUCUGUUUCUUCUUCUUUGCUGCUGUCUCAUCUGCAGCAGCGUUAUUUAUCUGCUGCUUUAUACACCGCAAUUCAGCAGUUUUAUAAAUUAAAGUUUAAAGAUUAUGCUGGCUGGGCUCAAGCCUUCAUCUUUGCACAAGCUGUACAGACACCCCAAACCAAUAAAAGCAAAAAGAAACAGCAGCAGCAGCAAGAGCAGCAGCAGCAAGAGCAGCAGCAGCAAGAGCAACAGCAGCAAGAGCAACAGCAGCAAGAGCAGCAGCAGCAGCGGGAGGAGGAGGAUCUACAGCAGCAAAAUUCAAACCACCAGCAACAGAAACAGCAACAACAGAAGAGGAGGAAUGCACAGCAGCAGCAGCAACAACAGCAGCAGCAGCAGCAACAGCAGCAGCAGCAGCAGCAACAGCAGCAGGAGGAGGGUUUAUUUGACGCAGACAAAGAGAAUAUGCAUCAGGGGCGUGCAGUGGAUAUAGAGUGUCUCGCUCCUAACAAACACAACAAACAAAAAAGACAAAGAACAAAGCCCCCAUCCAAACCCUAA